UGGAACAAUUACAAAAUCUCCUCUUGUGCGUAAACUCCAUAAAUCAAUUUAUGGCCUGAAGCAAACUUCAUGACAAUGGUUUUUCAAGUUUUGUUCAGUUUAAAUUGCAAAUGGCUUUAUUCAUUUGAAAGCAAACCCUUCUCUCUUCAUCAAGGUUGCUGGUACUUCAUUUGUUGCUCUCCUUGUGUACGUUGGUGACAUUUACAAAUAUCUAGACUUGAUCUUUGUUUCAGCAUAAGUUGAGUCAGUAUAUUGCAAAGCCACAUCUUGAUAGUCUCGAUGAUCAUUAUGUGUUGAGAUAUUUGGAAGGGAACGUUAGGCAAGGGAUCUUAUUUCGAUCUACUAACUCCUUCAAAUUUGAAGGUUUUGUCGAUUCUAGCUAAGGUUCAUGCCUUGACACUUGACACUGUGAUGCGUUUUUGUAUCUUUUUGGGGGAUCCUCUUGUUUCUUGAAAAUUGAAGAAACAAGCUACCAUUUCUUGCUCCUCAGUCGAAGUUGAAUAUUGAGCAGUGACCAUGUUUUCCAGUGAAAUCACUUAGGUUUAUCAUCUAAUUUGUGAUUUGCAAAUUCAGUUCCCUCCUAUAGUAGUCUCUUGUGACAAUCAAGUGACUAUAGCCAUAGCUUUGAGUCCAUCUUUUCACAAGCAUACAAAACAUAUUGAGAUUGACUCUCAUUUUGUUGAGAUAAAGUUGAUUGAGGAACUUUAAAGAAGUUGCCUGUUCGAUCAAAGUCUCAAUUAGCUAGCAUGUUUACCAAGGCCUUGAACUCCUCUGUUCUUCAACAGUUCUUAGCCAAGAUGGGAGCUUUCAAUUUACAUUUUUUUCAUGAUUUUUAUACAUUACGGAAAGAAGUGGAAACAACCUCAGAGCGUGUGGAAGAGAUAAGGAACUCUGCUGGUUUGUUACAGCUAGACCAAGAACUUGCGGACUUGGAGUCUAAGGCUACUGACAACUCUUUCUGGGAUGACAGAUCUAAGGCUCAAAAAGUUCUCGUGGCCAUGACUGAUGUAAAAGAUAAAAUAAAGAUGCUUACUGAUUUCAAAACACAGGUUGAAGAAGCAGAAACAAUCGUUAAACUGACUGAAGAGAUGGACUCUGUAGAUGUUGGGCUUCUUGAAGAGGCAACUAGAAUCAUUCAAGACCUAAACAAGGCACUGGAUCAAUUUGAAUUAUCUGAACUUCUUUCUGGUCCUUAUGAUAAAGAAGGAGCUGUCAUCUCUAUCUCGGCUGGUGCUGGGGGCACUGAUGCACAGGUCAAUAUGCAGGAUUGGGCUGACAUGCUCCUGAGGAUGUACGUGAGAUGGGGAGAGAAGCAAAGAUAUAAAACAAGAGUAGUUGAGAAAUCUGCUGGAGAGGAAGCUGGAAUAAAAUCAGCUACAAUUGAAAUUGAAGGCCGUUAUGCUUAUGGAUAUAUAUCUGGGGAGAAAGGAACGCACAGGAUAGUGCGACAGUCUCCUUUUAACUCUAAAGGACUUCGACAGACAAGCUUUUCUGGUGUGGAAGUCAUGCCUCUCCUUCCCGAUGAGUCCAUGGAUGUUGAACUGCCAGAAGAGGACCUGGAAAUAAGCUUUUCAAGGGCGGGGGGAAAAGGAGGUCAAAAUGUUAACAAGGUUGAAACGGCUGUCCGCAUCACUCAUAUUCCUACAGGCGUCACGGUUCGAUGCACAGAGGAGAGAUCACAGCUGGCAAACAAGAUCAAGGCAUUAAGCCGGUUGAAAGCUAAGUUGCUAGUCAUAGCUGAAGAGCAACGUGCAUCUGAAAUCAAGCAAAUACGAGGAGAUGCCGUAAAGGCCGAGUGGGGGCAACAAAUAAGGAAUUAUGUGUUUCAUCCAUACAAGCUAGUGAAAGAUGUUAGGACAGGAUAUGAGACAUCAGACAUUGUCUCUGUAAUGGAUGGCGAAUUGGAGCCCUUCAUCAAAGCUUACCUAAAAUACAAAUAUUGCAUGGCGUUACCUACUGGACAUUAAUUGAAAAUUGGCAUUAACUCAUCUUAGUCAGCCUUGAUUGUUCAUGUAUUACGCAUAUUGUUCUUACCUUACUAUAUUCAGAGGAACAAAGGGCACGAGGCAAAGUUCAAAAUUGUAACCUCAGUGAAUUUUGAUUCAUUCAAUAUAAAUUCUUUCAAUUGCUAA